AUGGAAAAAGUUUUGAGUGAUAAUAGAUUUUUCCUAUUUGUUUUGUUUUUCACUGGAGUAGUAGUGCAACUUUGUGUCUGUUCAAACUCGACCUUGGGCUGCAUAAAAGAGGAGAGAGUAGCUUUAUUAAAACUGAAAAAAAGUUUUAAAGUCGGCAUUUCAAGUUGGUUUCCUUCCUGGACUGGAAAAGAUUGCUGCAAGUGGGAUGGAGUAAGUUGUAGUAAGAACACUGGACAUGUUCUCAAACUUAAUCUUUCCAUUCAAUUUCCCGGCGGUACCGAGGCAACAUCAUCUCCUAUGGUUGACUCAUCCGUGGUGGCGUUGAAGCAUUUAGAGUACUUGGAUUUGAGUGGAAACAACUUUCAAGGAAGCCAUAUUCCCCAUUUCCUUGGUUCCUUGAAGAGUCUGCGAUAUCUUAAUCUUUCUUGUGCAUAUUUCAAGGGAAAGAUUCCUGAACAACUUGGAAACCUUAGUCAUUUGGAAACUCUUGAUCUGAGUAAUCAAGAGACAUAUUUUACCAACAGUGAUUUGUAUGCCGAAAAUUUCAAGUGGGUUUCAAGACUUGUGUAUUUGAAACAUCUUGGCAUGAACUACGUGAACCUCACAGCGGCAGUUGAUCUAAUGCAGGUACUCAUUACACUUCCUUCUCUUCUACACGUAAGGUUAGAAAAUUGUGGAAUCCAUAACGUUCACUUUUCUCCUAGCUCUUUUAAUUCUACAUUAAUCCCUUCAAGUAUUCAGUCCCUGAGUCUUGCUUCUAAUAUGCUUCAUGGAAAAAUUCAUGUUGCUCUCCCAAACAUGACACAGUCGUUUCAUUCUUAUAAUGAUACCACUUCUCCAUUCUGGUUAGGCAAUCUUCACAGCCUUGUUUAUCUCAAUCUUGAAAUGAAUGACUUUGACGAUUUUGAAGGUGGACUAUGGUCAUUAUUGAAUAAUGCUUGUUCCUUGAAGUCAUUACACUUGUCUUCCAAUCAGUUUUAUGGUAAUGUGUUAGAGACCAAAAACACUCCAUCAAGAUGUCGAGAAUUUGGUUUAGAGUUUCUGGAUUUAAGUGGUAGUAAAAUAUAUGGUAGCAUACCAGAUUGGUUAGCACAAUUGUCUAAUUUGAAAGAGCUGCAUCUCUCAAAUAACCAAUUGAAUGGUACCAUCACACCAUUUAUAGGAAGAUUGUUGACCUUAGAACACUUAGAUCUUUCAAAUAAUAAGUUGGUCGGAUCUCUUCCUUACAGUCUUGGGCAAUUAGUACAUUUAAGGACACUCGAUGUUUCAUGUAAUUUCUUGGAAGGUGUUGUCACUGAAUCUCACUUUGCCAACCUUUCAAAUUUGAAGAAAUUGAUCAUUAGUGCAAACCAUCUAAUUUGCCAAUUCGACCCAAACUGGACUCCUCCAUUUUUGCACCUACAAGUUCUUAACAUGUCAUCUUGUCAAAUUCGAUCCAAAUUUCCUGAGUGGCUUAGGAAUCUUUCCAUUAUUGUACUAGAUCUUUCCAACACUAGCAUUUCCGGAAAUUUUCCAACAUGGCAAUCUUCCUUCAUCUACAUCGAUCUCUCAAUGAACCAAAUAAGUGGAAAUCUUCCAACCAAUUUUGUUAGCAACUUAUCUUUCACUUUACGUCUUGCCAACAACUUCAUAAAUGGUUCAAUCCCAGAUUCAUGGUGUAAAUUAGAGUUUUUCCUAUUUCUUGAUGUUUCAAGAAACGAGCUAUCUGGAGAAGUUCCUAAAUGUUGGGGAUAUGGUAAUACACAAUUUUCGCUCAUAAAUCUCUCGUCUAACAGAUUAUCUGGGACUAUUCCUUCUUUUUCACAUUGUUUUCUGAGAUGGUUGCACUUGAAUAACAACAUUCUCAGUGGCGAGCUACCUCAAUCUUUGAGUAACUGCACUGAAGAACUUCUAGACGCUUCGAAACAAUAUGUUAAAUGGUGA